AUGGGGAGUGGUCACCUAGAUAAUAAUGAGUUUCUCGUGAAGCUCUCCGAGCUGUUUGCAGAUAGGAAGGGAAAGGAAAGAGGAUCGAUAUUCCUUGUCCAAAAGCGAUUAUCAUAUAACCAGGGCGUUCCCCAACCUACGGCCGAGAAUCCCACGCCAGAUAUCGAUGUCGAGAAACCCUUACCAGUCAUAAUCCGAGCGACGAACGGCAAGUCCAAAGUGAAUCGGGCAAAAAAAAUCAAGCUCUCGACCGUCGUUGCGCCAGAAGACUUGGAAGCUUUCUAUACAAGAUAUGCCGACUUGUGCAAAGCUGGGAUGGUAGCACUGAAACCUAGGGAUAGGAGUAAGAAGAAGGCUAAGGCGAAGAAGAAGAAGAGUGCCGCUACGGGUGCAGGCCAGUCAUCAUUGCCUUGA